CAACUCGUACAUCGGUCAACUCGGUCCACCACCGGUUCACUACCAAUCAAUACGCCACCGGCUCGUCGAAUCCAAACCCGGUUCUUCGAUUUUCCGACUGAGCAACCCCCCAAAACGGCGUAGUUUUUUGUUUCGGUAUGACGUCUGGGACGAGGCUUCCGACAUGGAAGGAGAGAGAGAACAACAAGCGGAGGGAGAGGCGGCGACGAGCGAUCGGCGCGAAGAUCUUCGCUGGACUGAGGAUGUACGGUAACUAUAAGUUGCCCAAGCACUGUGACAACAACGAGGUCUUGAAGGCUUUGUGUAACGAAGCUGGGUGGAUUGUUGAAGAAGAUGGUACUACCUAUAGAAAGAUUAACAGUGGCCAGUAUAAGAAGGAAAAUGUCCAGACUGGAUGCAAACCAGUGGAACGUACUGAUAUUAUGGGUGGUUCAGCAUCAGCCAGCCCAUGCUCAUCAUAUCAGCCAAGUCCAUGUGCAUCUUACAACCCAAGCCCCACAACAUCGUCCUUUCCUAGUCCAAUCUCAUCCCAUUAUGCUGUCAAUUCCAAUAAUAAUGCUGAUCCUAAUUCCCUCAUUCCAUGGCUUAAAAACCUGUCAUCUGGCUCAUCACCGCCUUCCUCCAAGCUUCCCCACCAUCUCUACAUAGCUGAAGGUUCUAUAAGUGCUCCUGUUACCCCGCCAUUGAGCUCUCCUACUGCCCGAACUCCCAGAAUGAAAAGUAAUUGGGAUGAUCCAACUGUUGGCCCAGCCUGGGCCAGGCAGCACUAUGCCUUCCUACCUUCUUCCACCCCACCAAGUCCUGGUCCUCAGACCCCGCCUGAUUCAGUGUGGCUUUCUGGUGCUCAAACUCCCCAGGAUGGGCCAUCAUCUCCUACAUUCAGCCUUGUCUCAUCAAACCCCUUUGCCUUCAAGGAGGCGUUAUCAGCUGCAGGGUCUCGGAUGUGGACUCCUGGGCAAAGCGGGACAUGCUCUCCAGCAGUUGCAGCUGGUUUUGACCCAACAGCUGAUGUUCCAAUGCCAGAUGUGAUUUCAGCUGAGUUUGCAUUUGGCAAUAACACCAAGGGGCUAGUGACGCCAUGGGAAGGAGAGCGGAUUCAUGAAGAAUGUGUCUCCGAUGAUCUUGAGCUUACUCUCGGGAACCCUAGCACAAGAUAGAGAGACAAGAAGUAAGGAGAGAAAAACAACCAUAUAUUAUCUAUUUGGUUCACAUCUUUCCAUUGUGCGACUUCAACUAUUGACUUCUUACUGUGUUGAUACUUCUGAAUUUGAGUUGGUCUGGGUGGCAAAUCCCAGCGAAGUUUAAAACCCAGUAUAGGGUUUGCUCUUUCUUUCAGUUUUUUUUUUUUUAAAUACACAGUAAAAUUAUAAAUAGUCCAUGUGGUGUUUUUUUUUUUGGCACCUUUUUUCAGGAAUGUUUUCUUUUAUUUUCUUGAGGUUUUUUUCAUUUUCCCUCAAAAUUUUCCAUUGCAGCACGGAGAACGAAUAUUGAUUGCGUGGUUUUUUUUUUUUUUGGGAAAUUGAAAUGAAUUUU